UAGAGCUCAUCUCCCUGGAACAUUUGGGCCAGUCUUGGGAUGCCCAAUACAUCUGCAAAUGGCUUCUCAGCAAUACUGAGAGUGCCCCCUGACCCAGCCUACUCCAGCACCUAGCUGCUCACUUCCCUCCUGAGCCUAGAACUCAAGAGCUCCUGGAUGACCUAAUUCAGCAGCAGAAUGAUGGCCUAAGGAAUGGAGACCAGGAAUAAGUGAAGGUUCCCAGCUAUGGAGAGAGCACAUGACCCAGGCACCAAGAAUCAGCAGAGAAACGACUCCACAGCUGGGAGAGUGGUGCGCUGUUAUCAGAGACUCCGACAGGAACCAUGAGAACAAACCAGCUCAUCAAAUACACUUUGUUUGUCUCCUGUUACCUCUUCUGGGUGGCCAGUGGGCUCAUGGUUGCAGUUGGCAUUUAUGCCAAACUCUCUAAAGAAGCAAGUGCUGUGGAUUCGCUCCUCGCUGAUCCUUCACUGAUCCUGCUUACAGUGGGGAUCCUGAUGUUUGGCAUCACCUUUGUGGGGUGUACAGGAGCCUUGCGUGACCUGCCUGUGCUGCUGAAAAUUUUUGCCUGGAUUUUACUGAUCAUUCUCAUUCUCCAGAUCGUGGCUGCUGUCCUGGGAUUUCUCUUCUCCAGCAUGGUGUUGGAGAAAGCAGCAUUUCUGAUGGGGAAAGCUAUUUCCGGUUAUAGGGAUGACCUAGAUUUACAGAACCUUAUUGAUUAUAUACAGAAAAAGUUUGAGUGCUGUGGGGUACAUUCCUACAAGGACUGGUCCCAGAAUAUUUACUUUGAGUGCCAAGACUCCAACCCCAGCCUGGAACGCUGUGCUGUGCCUUUCUCCUGCUGCAUCCAAAAAGAUCAAGAGGCAGCCAUUACUAGUGUUCUCAACAGCAUGUGUGGCUAUGGGACCCAGAACCUGAGGUCAUGGAAAGCAGACAGUCUGAUAUACAUUGAGGGCUGCUUGGAAAAGAUUGUUGGCUGGGGGCAGAGAAACCUGCUGCUUGUUGCAGGGCUAGCAAUAGGACUGUUUUUCUUGGAGAUUCUUGUGUUUUCCAUGGCCGUGAUGCUCAUUUACCAGAUUGACUUUAUCAUACAGAAACGGAAAAGCACAAGGAGGAGAGGCCCCGAGAAAUAAGUCUGUUGCUCCCAGCAUGAGCACAGCAUGGUCUCUAUUGCCACUGGUGCAGUCUGUGAAGAAGGAACAAACUGAGAUCUCAGUCGAAACACUGUGAAUACUCCAGAGGGUACCAGGGCUCAUGCCCCAGGUGAAUGAACAGACACUGGAAAGCAUUUUCUGUGCAUAUGAGGCAGAGGCAACUGCUGCUUGGAAAGGACCCUUGCUGCCUGGUGAGAUCAUCUGAUGGGUCUCUCACUCUCUCCUCCCACACUGUUUUAUUGCCAUGGACAUUUGCACAAAACCAGAUCUUUCGUUUCUGAGAUUCCUAAUGCUUAUUCUCCAUCUGUGGUCAGAGUACUCUGGUUGUUUUAGCGAUCAUUUUGGAGGACAGGAUUACAAUUGAAAAGAAACUUGACAAAUUGGAGAAUUGGUCAGAA